GAGAGUAAUUUAAAAGAGCGCAUUUCAUAUGGGCUGCAGAGGGGAAGGCGAGCGUUGAAGUUCCUUCAGAAUGGGAAGUCUUUCCUCAGACGCAACAGGACCACCGCGGCAACGGGUCAUGGAGACGAUCCCCUAGUCAGACAACUCAUGUGUGCGCCGAGCAUCAACUUCAGCUCCCGGGGAAAACAGUCGUGGAGUCGGCCCGCGCGAUCUCCGUCCGCCGCGAGAUCAUCAGCAUCAGCACCAUCACCUCCUCGGGCCGCGACGGCACGAGGCAGGCGUGAGGUCGGCGUGAGAAGAUGAACAUCCAGGUGGUGCCAGAACACAAACUGUCCUCGGUCGCUCCGCUCAAACAGUGCAAUGUGGAGAAGAAAGAGGUGGAGUUGAUACUGGUGAAAGACCAAAAUGGGGUGCAGUACACCAGCACCUCCAUCGUCCCCUCCCCUACGAACCACGUCGGACCCCCGGGGUCAUCAGGGGGGGAUGAGCGGGAAACCUGGGGGAAGAAGAUAGACUUUCUCCUGUCUGUGAUAGGCUUCGCUGUGGACCUGGCCAAUGUGUGGAGGUUCCCUUUCCUGUGCUACAAGAAUGGAGGAGGUGCCUUCCUGAUCCCUUACAUUCUGUUCCUGCUCAUUGCCGGGAUGCCUCUGUUCUAUAUGGAACUGGCUCUGGGCCAGUACAACAGAGAAGGGGCCGCCACCGUCUGGAAGAUCUGCCCUGUCUUUAAAGGCGUGGGCUACACGGUGAUCCUGAUAGCCUUCUACGUGGGCUUCUACUACAACGUGAUCAUCGCCUGGUCAAUCCACUACCUGUUCGCCUCCAUGACCAAUGAGCUGCCCUGGCUGCACUGCGGGAACCCCUGGAACACCCCCAACUGCACCGUGCCCCAGCCCAUGAACGGCUCCUUCCUGGACAACAGGACGUCCUACGCCAAGAACAAGAACACGCCUGCCGCAGAGUACUAUGAGCGUGGUGUGCUACACCUCCAUGAGAGUCGGGGUAUAGGGGACCUGGGUCCCCCACGGUGGGAGCUGUCCCUGUGUCUGGUCGCUGUCGUCUUCAUCCUCUACUUCAGCCUGUGGAAGGGAGUGAAGUCCUCUGGAAAGGUGGUGUACAUCACAGCCACUAUGCCCUACAUAGUGCUGUUUGUGCUGCUGAUCCGAGGCAUCACGCUCCCAGGGGCCAUGGACGGCAUCCGGGCUUACCUCCACAUCGACCUCAAGAUGCUGAACAACCCCAAGGUCUGGAUCGAUGCAGCCACCCAAAUCUUCUACUCCCUCGGAGCGGGUUUUGGUGUCCUCAUAGCCUUCGCCAGCUAUAACAAGUUUGACAACAACUGUUACCGAGACGCUCUUCUGACCAGCACCAUAAACUGCGUCACCAGUUUCGUCUCUGGUUUUGCCAUUUUCUCUGUGUUGGGCUACAUGGCUCAGAAACAUGGAGUCAGGAUAGAGGAUGUGGCAACUGAGGGGCCCGGACUGGUGUUCAUCAUAUACCCGGAGGCCAUUUCUACACUACCAGGUUCAACAUUCUGGGCGAUUGUGUUCUUCAUCAUGUUGCUGACUCUGGGAAUUGACAGUUCGAUGGGCGGCAUGGAGGCAGUGAUCACCGGCCUGGCGGAUGACUUCAAGAUCCUGAAGAAACACCGCAAGCUGUUCACCUUCGCCACGGCGUUCGGGACCUUCCUGUUCGCCUUACUCUGCAUCACCAACGGCGGGAUCUACGUGCUCACGCUGCUGGACAGCUAUGCAGCAGGAACAUCCAUCUUGUUCGGAGUGCUUAUCGAAGCCAUCGGAGUGUCUUGGUUUUAUGGUGUGGACCGCUUCAGUGAGGACAUUGAGCGCAUGAUGGGAUUCAAGCCCGGUCUUUACUGGAGACUGUGCUGGAAGUUCGUCAGCCCAACCUUCCUGCUGGUGGUGGUGAUCGCCAGCAUCGUGACGUCCACCGGUCUGACACUGGACGACUACGUCUUCCCCCCCUGGUCCAACGUGGUGGGCUGGGGCGUGGCCCUGUCCUCCAUGCUGUUUGUCCCCGUCUACGCCGUCUACAAGUUCUUCAGCAUGCCCGGGACAUUUAAAGAGAGGAUCGCCUAUUGCGUCACUCCGGAGCAUGAGCAUCAUCUGGUGAAGGAGGGCAACAUUCGGCAGUUCACCCUCAAGCACUGGUUGGCCAUCUGACAGCCGGGCGAGAGCAGAAAUCACCUCUUCUGUCUGCAGUGUCUCAGUGUGCUGUUGGCUCUCUCUCUCUCUCUCUCUCUCCCUCUCUCUCCCACUUCACUCCCUUUUAUGGCUGUCUGUGUAAACCUGCAGAUCUGUCGUUUGUAGAUUUCAGGCUCACGCCGUGAAACAGACGCCAACUGCGCCACACACGACACGCUAAAAGAAAGGAAAAGCGCUGAGAGUCUAGUCAUCGUGUCGUUGCGUUCUACGCUCUUUCUCUCUCUCUCUUGGGUUGCGUUGACCUCUGAUAUUUAAUUUAUUUAUGUUCAUUUUUUAAAACA